AUGGGAAAUGGCUAUUACAACAUGGUGGCUACUGUGCUAUUGGUCAUGAAUUUUGAGAGGAUACGAUCAGUGCGGGAUUCCUGUAGUAACUGUCCAGCCGGUACUUUCUGUGGGAAAAACAAGAACCAGAUUUGCAUUCCCUGUCCUCCAAAUAGUUUCUCUAGCACAGGUGGACAAAGGACCUGUGACAUAUGCAGGCAAUGUGAAGGUGUUUUCAGGACCAAGAAGCCGUGCUCCCCCACCAGCAACGCACAGUGUGAGUGCGUCUCAGGAUUCCACUGCCUGGGGGCACUAUGCACCAUGUGUGAGAAGGAUUGCGAGCAAGGUCAAGAAUUAACAAAGGAGGGUUGUAAAGACUGUUGCCUUGGGACAUUUAAUAAUCAGAAACGUGGUGUCUGUCGACCCUGGACAAAUUGUUCUUUAGAUGGAAAGUCUGUUCUUGUGAACGGGACGAAGGACAGGGAUGUGGUCUGUGGACCAACCUCGGCCGACUUCUCUCCAGGUACAACCUCCACCACCACGCUUGCCCCUGCGAGCGAGCCAGGACACGCUCCGCAGAUCCUCCCCUUCUGUCUUGCGCUGACAUCGGCUGCAGUGUUGGUCCUGCUGUUCUUCCUCGCACUCCGUUUCUCUGUCAUGAAACGGGGCAGAAAGAAACUCCUGUAUAUGUUCAAACAACCGUUUAUGAAACCAGCACAAACUGCUCAAGAGGAAGAUGCCUGUAGCUGCCGAUUUCCAGAAGAAGAAGAAGGAAAUGAACUGUGA